AGUUUAUUACUGAGUGUUCACUGAGUAGCAAGUAUUUUUUUUCUUUACAGUCUAUCUUCUCGUUUAAUUAUUAAAAUUUAGAAGAACUCAAAAAAUAUGAAUAAAAUUUUAUUUACAUUGUUGCACAUAAUCUUUGUGGUUUAUGGAAAUCCUGUUAAAAGAGAUGGUGUAAGCUACAAGUUAACAUCAGGGGAAUUUAAAUCUUUUGAUGAAAUCCCUGUUAUGAUUAUAAAGCUAAUUCCUUCAAGUGAAAGUACAUCCGAAGAUUUAGAACAUGAAAUACCAAUUGAAUUUCCCUUUCAAAUUGCCAGAAGUAUCGAUGAGAUAUUGAAUUUCAAUCGAAAUUCUUUGAAGACAGAAAAACCCAGCAAUGAAGAUACAGCCACUUGUCCAAAUACAGACAUUGUUUUUAAUACUGAGGCUUCAACACAAGAUACAAAUAAAUUUGAGAAUUUAAAUUCCAUUUUAAAUAAAAGAAAACAGAGAGAUGAUAAAACAUUUACGAAUGUCAAUAAAGCAGACCAGUCAGUGUCUGAAGCAUCUGUGUCUAUGUCAAAUUCUGAAUCUUCAAUAUCAUCAGAUCGUAAGAUGUUAAAGGAAUUGUCUAAGCAUAGAAAGCAAAACAUGGAGAAAGUUUUUGAAAACAAUAAGAAAAUCAUACAGAAUGAAAUUUCAAGGUCUUCAAAAGAAAACGAAAAUUUAUUUGAAGAGACUUUCAUACUUGAAAAAGUGAAUGGUGAGCCAGUCAAAGAAACUCUGACAAUCGCAAAAAUGGAUGAUACUGUAGUUCAAGAAUUAGGAUUAGCAUCAAAAGAUGGAACUGAAGAAGAAAUUGAAAACCUCGAAACAAUUAGUAAAUCGGAAGAAUCUCUAGUGCCCUUUAAUUCGCGUAUUCUUGAUAUCUUGAUGAAUCCAUUCCGUAUCUUUUAAAAAGGCAAGCUUGAAAUCUAUAGAGUUGAGUUGCCAAGUAGAGUAGUUUCGAUUUAAAAAUUAAAAUAUUUCUUAAGCUUCUUAAAAAAUAAUCCUCAAACUUAAAAAGACACGUGCCUUCAGGGAUUAUAGAAAUUUCAAGAAAAACUUUCUUUUAAUUUUUUGAAAAUUUUAAGCUUUUUGGACCCAAAAAACUCUAGAUGACGAUUAUGGAACAUUUUAAAUAUACUAAGUCAUUACUCAAAUAUGUUUAACGUUAAAUGUACUUUUAUGAAUUAAAUAUAUAUCCAUUAGUGAUAUGCGCAUUUUAUUAUUGUUUUUGUUUUUAAAAAUUCUAGUGAAUAAAAGAUGAGUAAUUUUCAAUGAGAAAUAA